GACUGAUUGUUACAAGUGAGUUGUAGUACGGUGAUGGUCUUCUGCUCAACUAAAUAUAUAACCCCAUUACUACGUGGCUAGAUAAUUCCACACGAAAAUCCAAAAGUUUUGUCCGUUUCGUGGUUUCCUGUAACACGGAAAUAUCAUUCUACUUCCUGUUGUACUCAAUUUGUCAUUACAUAACGAAUUCCAGACCUCGUGUGGUUCAUUAGUAAAAUUCGUUCAGACAAGAUCCGACUACUUUGUCAAAAUCAGAACCUAUCAGUGUAAAACUAUUGGAUUUGUGCAGUUUUCAAGCGAGAAAACAUGAGUUUGGCAUCUUUACUAUGGUACUUUUCUAUUCUGGUGUUGUGGACGUCUACAAGUGGAACAAGUGAAGAAGAUAUUCCAGCAAUUUUUAUGGCCGACGAACUUGGAUUGGGGGCUAAAGGAGUCAUGCGCUACUUAAGACAUUUGAUAGAAGGGAUUGACAACGUUGGGGAUUUGGAUGAGUGGGUGGGAUUUAUGGAGACAUACCUCGCCUGUGAAGAUGCUGCCUGGCCGUACAAAUCGGAUCAGGAACAGAAUGCAAAAACAGAUUUAGAAUUAAUCAAUGAAUUUUGCACGGAUUGGCAAAAGAGGUGGAAGUGUGGAAAUCUACUUGCAAUAAAGUUAGACACUUUGUAUGAGCAGAAAAAUGGACAACUUCGAACUGGGUCGGACGCCCUCAGAUUUUCAAACAGCUAUGUUCAAAUCAUAUGUGAAGAUCGUAACAAGUAUUUGAGUGUUUUGACAAAGAAUUCAUCAACACAUGCGGAUAAGCGAUCAAUUAAUUGUUUCGCUGAAAGUCAAGCCAACAUCCACGACUGUGUUUUACAGAAAAGUCAUGAUCUAGUCAAAAAAUACAAUUCUUGCACGAACCUUAGAAUCAUACACAACUGUUUCUUAUCCGAAAUGACGAAAGCCUGCCCCAAGUCGAUCUCUCAUUGGAUUAACAAAUCUUUACAAAGAAUAAAAUCUGACUUGAGUUGCUGACUUCUCGUCAAUUAUUUAUGCACUUAUUUACAUAUUGUCUGUGAUGUAAUUUUAAUUUUUAACCAAGAGUGAAAGUUUACUCAUCAAUAUGAAGCCGACAGAAGAAUAAAAAUCAUAAUUUUAACAAGAAGCAGAAUUAAGA